CUGCCCUUUCAAGCCUUUCGUUUCUUAAUAACCCGCUCUCCAAGACGGUCCCAACCAGCAUAGAUUGACGGCGCCUCCAAGCCGAGAACCCUUGGAUAUCGAACAAGCAGACUCGUCUGACCAGCUCCCAAUCUAUCGCUAUGACGGACGUGCCUUGGGCGUGGCUUUUGACAAUGUGACUGUUCAAGCCUCCUAUGCCGGUUGGCGGACUGUUACCGAUCUCCCGCAAAUCCUUCUCGACCUCCUUCGCUCGCCAUGGCACCUCCUUCGAUCGACCGUCACCCGGCACACCGGUCCUCAUCGCAAUGUUGUACAGGAGGUGUCUGGGGUGCUUUUCCCGGGUGAAACCAUGCUAGUGCUCGGCCGCCCCGGCGCGGGUUGCACCACCGUGCUCAAGGUGAUUGCCAACAACCGCGAAUCAUUUGAGGCCAUCCAGGGGGAGGUACACUAUGGAAAGCUGAGGGCACAAGAGAUGACCGGCAAGCUAAAGUCAGAGGUGGUCUACUCCUCGGAGGACGAUGUGCAUUUUCCCACCCUGACCGUGGCGGACACACUGGACUUUGCCCUGAAGCUACGGAAGCCCGCCAACGAACCCGGUAGCAACGCACAGUUCUCCGCGAAGUAUAUUGAACGGUUGGUGAAUGCCCUCGGGAUUGGCCAUACAAAGGGCACCAUCGUGGGAGAUGCAUUCAUUCGAGGCGUCUCAGGGGGUGAACGCCGCCGCGUCUCUCUGGCCGAAGCUAUGACGGUCAACUCCACCCUGGUUAGUUGGGAUAACCCAAUCCGAGGGCUUGAUAGCUCUUCGGCGCUGGACUUCCUUCGUUUGCUCAAACACAUGUCUCGGGCGACAGGAAUGACGAACGUCGCCACUCUGUACCAGGUGUCGGAGAGCAUGUAUCAAGAAUGCUUUGACCGCACUCUCGUCAUGUAUGAAGGGCGAAUGAUCUUCAGUGGUAACAUCCAUGUGGCCAAGCAAUAUUUUGAAGAACUGGGGUUUUUCUGCCCAGAACGGCAGACUACUCCUGACUUUCUCACCUCAGUGACAUCACCUGUGGAUCGAACCAUUCGUCCGGACUAUUCGGGCCCUCUCUACCUGGACCCCGAUAGUCUUGCAGAGGCUUUCAAGCGAAGCACGCACUACGCGCAACUGCAGAAGGAUCUGCUGGAAUACUCGGUUACGGCACGAAAUGACCCAAGUGCUCUGGCGGCCUUGCGCCGUAAUGUUGACGGCAUACGAUCAAGACUGGCUUUCGAUCAUGCAGUCGAGCCGACUACAGUCUGGAAGCAGAUUGCCAUCGGCACCGAGAGAACCUAUCGAUUACUCUGGGGCGACUGGCGGACCUUACUCACCAUUGUGAUCCUAUGUAUUCUGAACGCGGUCAUCACCGGCUCAGGGUUCUAUGCAGCCCCGCAAACUGCAUCCGGUUCAUUCGAACGUAGUGGUGCGCUCUUCUUCGCCGUGGCAUACUUCUGUCUCAACGCCUUGACUGAGGUUGUGAAGACUGUCAACGCCCGCGCCAUCUUGCUCAAACAGCAUAACAUGGGCCUGAUCCACCCGGCGGCCUAUGCUGUAAUUCAGACUAUCGCCGACAUCCCGUCUGCCCUAAUUCAAACCACCGUGUUUGCCUGCUGUUACUACUUUAUAAUCGGGCUGAGCGAGAGCGCGUCGCAGUUCUUUAUCUUCUUAUUAUUUGUGUUUGUUCACUACUCCGCUAUCUCGACCAUGUUCCGCAUGUUGGGUGCCUGGGCACCCAGUCUCAAUGUCGCCUAUCUAUUGGCGGGCUGCGCCCUUCCGGUUGCCUGUCUGUACUCCGGGUACGCUCCUCCCGUUCCUACCAUGCAUCGCUGGGGCUCGUGGAUCCGCCGCAUUACUCCUACGCCUUACGCAAUGGAGGGCAUGAUAGGAAACGAGUUCUAUAGAAUGCAGCUGCACUGCACCGAUUCGCAGCUCAUCCCCUCCGGUCCAGGCUAUGGCGAUAUCCGCUACCAGGCAUGUCCGAUGGCGGGUGCCCAGCAGGGAUCAGCCUCAGUGAACGGCGCCGUAUAUGCGCAGGAUAUGUACGCCUAUACACGAGCACAUCUGUGGCGGAAUUUCGGCAUUAUUCUCGUCUUCUGGUUCCUCUACACCGUCCUAGGGGCCGUGGGUCUGACCGUCAUGACACGUGAUAGUAGCAAUGCGACCGGUCCGGUGUACAGGCGCGGUGCUGUCAUCCCGCGGCGCGACGAAAGCUCGGAAGAGAAAGUAAUUGAUUACGUCGCCGCAUCCGACAAAGAGGCCGCCUCGGUGCAGUCGGAGACGGAGGUGGAGGAGGUAGUCGCCAGUCCGCAGCAGGUCAGCCGUGCCUCGUUCACAUUUGAGAAUCUUUGCUAUUCAGUCAUCGUCGGGGGUAGGGAGAAGCAACUUCUAGACAAUGUGUCCGGAUACGUGAAGCCGGGCCAACUGACUGCGUUGAUGGGGGCUUCGGGAGCAGGCAAGACGACCCUGCUCGAUAACCUCGCUCAACGCAAGUUCGAGGGCCGCACAACGGGUGAGAUCCGCCUCGGGGGUGUGCCGCCUCAUCCCAUGUCAUUUGCACGCUCCUGUGGUUUCUGCAUGCAGCAGGAUGUGCACGAACCUACCACAACCGUCCGCGAAGCGCUGCAGUUCAGUGCUUUGCUUCGCCGACCUGCUGAGGUGACCCGGGAAGAGAAGCUGGCCUAUGUGGAGCAAGUGAUCUCGCUCUUAGAAAUGGAGAAAAUUGCCGAUGCGCUGGUUGGGAGCACUGGCGAUGGUCAGUUAAGUGUAGAGGAGCGCAAGCGGGUGACCAUCGGGGUGGAACUCGUUGCAAAGCCGUCCGCGCUUCUUUUUCUAGACGAGCCAACGUCCGGCCUGGAUAGUCAAGCCGCGUAUUCUAUUGUGGCCUUUCUGCGGAAGAUUGCAGUGCAGGAAGACGUCCCCAUCGUGUGUACAAUCCAUCAACCCUCGGGGGUGCUUUUCGAAAUGUUCGAUCAUAUCAUGCUGCUCGCGCCUGGCGGACGCACGGUCUACUUUGGGGAAACAGGCACACACGCCUCGACGGUGUCCGGCUAUUUUGCCCGGCAUGGAGCAGUCAUUGGCCCCGCUGACAACCCGGCCGAGUUCAUCAUCUCCACCGUUACGACCAAGGACAAGGACUGGCCACGGAUCUGGAACGAGUCAGCCGAGCGUCAGGCACUCCAGGACAGGAUCAAUACCAUCAAUGCAACGCCUUUUGCCCCAGGGACCCUGGAUUCCCCUGAAAAGCGGGCUGAGGGGCGGUACGCCAUGCCGCUCUCUCAGCAGAUUGUGAUUCUAACCCAGCGGCACUGGAAGGCUGUGUGGCGCAGCGGGCAGUAUAACUUCAGUCGGCUGGUCAAAACGCUAUUCUUCGAGAUGUUCGUUUCAUUCACCUUCUUCCACGUUUCAAAUAGCACCUCCGGGCUGCAGAACCACAUGCUGGGUAUCCUACUGGCCACGUGGAUCAUCCCCAGCAUAGCGGCGGACGUGCAUGCAGUCUGGUACGAGAAAUGGUCCAUCUUUGAGGCGCGCGAGCGCAAUGGCGUGUAUGAUUACAAGGCGCUGCUAGCGGCGCUGGUCCUAGUCGAGAUUCCCUGGUUCCUCGGCCUGUUCACGCUGAUCUUCCUCGUGACUUUCUGGACGUUUGGUUUCGCUAGCACGGCCGGCAUCGCCGGCGUCGUGUACGCCAUGUACCUGUUGUUUGCCCUGUUUGGACUGGGUUUUAUCUAUCUCAUGGCCGCGAUCUUCCCCAAUGCCACCAUGGCUGGCUACGCCCUGUCCCUCUUCUGGGUGACGCUGCUCAUGUUCUCCGGUGCGGCGAACCCGCAAAGCGCCCUCAACGACUUCUAUCGCCCCUGGCUCUGGUGGGCUGAUCCACUCACCUACUUCUUCGAGGCCACCGUCGCCACCGUCCUCCACGGGGUAGAGGUGCAGUGCAGCACCGGCGAUCUCGCCGUCUUUGAUCCGCCGGCCGGCCGCACGUGUCGCGAGUAUCUUACGUCGUACCUCGAAAAUAGCCCCGGCUAUCUUCUUAAUCCGGCGGCCACGCAGUCCUGCUCGUUCUGCCUCUACUCGGUUGGCGACGAGUACGCGCGCACACUGCAAUUUUACUACAGUGACCGCGGGCGCGACGCCGGCGUGUUCCUGGGUUUCUGUGUGACCAAUUUUGUCUUGCUUUGGGGGGUGACGUGGUUGGUGCGCGUGCAGCUUCGCCGGUGGAAGAAGUAAAGCUCUGGGAAUUAGAUAAGGCCAUCAGAAGUUUACUCUAACCGUGUGUAUUAGUCUUGGUCUCG